CUACAUUAUCUAGAAAGUAUCCGGAUUAGGCUAUGAUUCAACAAAUGACCAACAGAGUCCACGAUGCGGUCAAUAUGGUCUGGGUGUGUGUGCUUCAUCAGCGUUUUAACAGCUGUCUCUGGUGCACUUCGUUUUGCAUCGUAUUAUGGUGACCACAUGGUUCUACAUAAGGCCCCAGAGAGAGCCGUGGUAUGGGGCUAUGGGACAAAGACCAUGACUGUUGUAGUCAGUCUGUCUGGGCUGUCCAGCAGAAACACUUACAGGAGUACUGUAAGAGAUGGUGUAUGGAGGGUGACCCUUGAUCCUGUGAAGGCGGGAGGUCCUUACAACGUGAGCGCUGUGGAGAGUGGUGGGAGUGAUGGCAAGGUCAUGAUCACAGACGUGAUGUUUGGGGACGUGUGGCUGUGUGGGGGACAGAGCAACAUGGUCUUUACCGUUCAUCAGAUAUAUAACAGCUCAGCAGAGAUGGCCCUGGCCUCAAAGUUCCCAGAUGUGCGCCUCUUCCAGGUUGCUCAGAGGAAGAGUUCGGUUGAACUGAUAGACCUGCCUGGAAUCGCUGUGCGUUGGUCUGUGCCCACACCACAAUUACUCCGGAAAUAUUCCGCGGUCUGCUGGCUAUUUGGACGUUACCUGUACCAGACCUUGCAGUACCCUAUCGGCCUGGUAGAGUCGUGCUCGGGAGCGACACCUGUGGAGGUGUGGUCCUCCAGCAGAUCCCUCCAGAAAUGUGGCAUUCCACAGGCACCAAAGAGUUAUCCACACCAAAACUCUGUGCUGUGGAAUGCCAUGAUCCACCCUCUGCUCAACAUGACCAUCACAGGUGCCAUCUGGUAUCAAGGUGAGCGCAACCGUUACUACAAUCGUGGUAAAUACAACUGCACCUUCCCCGGCAUGAUCGAUGACUGGAGGAUGGCUUUCCACCAGGGCUCAGGGGGCCAGACUGCCCCAGACUUCCCCUUUGGAUUUGUGCAGCUGUGCACCUAUAAGCAUGGUAAUGUACCGGACGGCUUCCCAGAGAUCCGCUGGCAUCAGACAGCUGGCUUUGGCUACGUUCCUAAUAAGCGCAUGAAGCGGACCUUCAUGGCCGUGGCCCUUGAUUUAAACGAUGCAUCUUCAGCUUGGGGCGCCAUCCACCCACGCUUCAAACAGGACGUGGCCUACAGAUUGACCCUUGGUGCGCGGACGAUUGCCUAUGGUGAAAAGGGUAUAUCCUACCAGGGUCCCUUCCCAAGUUCUGUUCAUGUUAAUGGCACCUACCUAAUACUCACUUAUGAUCAGAAUGUCUUUGCCACCCCGGCCAAAAAAACAUUUGAGGUGUGUUGUACCAUGGAAAAGGUGCAGUGCAGUUCUGCGGAUAUCUUCUGGAUCUCUGCCCCCAUGGUGCCUCAGGACCCCUCCACGGUGGCUGUGAGCCUGGGGGGCUGUGCGGCUGAGCAUGUGGCCUCCCUGCGGUACGCCUGGAAGGACUGGCCCUGUGGCUUUAAGGCCUGCCCCGUCUACAGCGCUGACAGGGUCCUGCCUGCACCACCUUUCGUCCUGCACCUUGCGUCCUGGGCCCUUACUCACAAAGUGGACAGGGUGGAGCAGCGGUAG